GAGCAACGGUUGCCACACCAGCACUUCAGAUCCGGACGUGAAAUUGUACGAUCGUUGAACUUGAACCGUUGGAUACAGUUGGUGACAUUAUCGUGUGUUUAUUAAAAUCGCUAGACAUUUCAAGAUACUUGGCAAUUAUGCUCAAAUACAUUGUACUCUUCGUCACUGUGUUCUGCUUGGUGCAGUCGCAACAACGACCGUGGCAUGCUGGUACUAGUAACCGAUUGCCCAUGGUUCUACCUCAAUAUCUCGAUGAACGAGCAGCGGCGGAGCAGGCAGCCCAAGCAAACCAAACAGGCCAAGCAAAUGAAGCAGGCCAAGCAGGCCAAAUAGACCAAGCAGGUCAAGCAGGCCAAAUAGAUCAAGCAGGCCAAGCAAACCAAGCAGGCCAAGCAGGCCAAAUAGACCAAGCAAACCAAGCGGGACAAGCAGGCCAAGCAGGCCAAAUAGACCAAGCAAACCAAGCGGGACAAGCAGGACAAGCAGGCCAAGCAGGCCAAGUAGACCAAGCAGGCCAAGGAAUCCAGCCAGUUGCUGCUGGAGUUCCGUUGAACAGCCGAGUCGAUGCUGACGCAUUUGCAGCUGCUUCAACCACCACGACUACGAUAAACCCACUCGAUCUACCAAUCGAUGCUCAGGGCGACAUCAACCUGAUAAACAGGAUCAAGACCUGGCCAAGGGACAAGCAACCCUUCUGGUACCUGAACUGGCAGGCGAUCCAGGCGCAUCGCGGUGACCAGAGCAACCCCGCCCAGCCUCCUGAGACGCAACCAAACACGAGAGCGUUCUUCGCUGGUUAAAAUAAAAAAUGAACAGAUUGAAAAUUGACGCAAUCGACAAGACUGUAAAUUUAAGCAUUUUUUUAACGAUAGAACGUAAGAUAUUCACGACCGCUGACGACAGCGGUUAUUCCUAGUCAGAGUUUGACUCGUUGAGAAAGUUAUAUUAAUCCACAAAGAGUUGUCACUCAAGAUUAUUAUUAUAUCGAUCCGAUUACUCGAUUAUAUGUGAAAUUCGGUCGCAUUCAGAAGUGAAUAUUAUAUGAUUGUACGAGCUAUUCUAUGACGAAAAUGUGUCUUUGUAUAAUAGAAUUAGUCGUCAAAAUGUUAUAUGUGAAAACAGAAAAACAGCUAGAAUUACAUAAUUUCGAUUAGAAAAAUUAAUUUCAGCAUUUGCAAAAAUAUAAACAUUUAUUUUGAGAAAA